GGAGGAGGUGCAUCCUGACAGGCUGAAUUCGGGGAGGAAAUACGAGUUUGAGGAAAUCAGAUACCUCAAAAUCAAUGAAAGAAGUGGAUGCCGGAUGAAGACAGCAAGUAAAGUAAACUGAAAGUCCGGGAUGGCAAAUGGACCAGGCUUGGCCCUCGCUGGAGGUGGGGAAAUUUAUGUUGGGAGUGAAAUCAGAGAUUCCCUGACACUUUUGGAUGUUCUUUAUGCAAAUCAGUUUGAAAGAGAGACUUUUGGUCCAAUAGUUUUUGAGCAGACGGAGGAAAACUUUUAUAGAGGGGCCCCACCAAAAUGGUUGAACUUUCAUAUUGGUCAACAAGCAAAGUCAAACAGCGCCCAAACACCUCUUGUUAAACGAGAUGGAUAUGAUACACUUGUGCAAGAAAUUUUCCAAAAAAGAAAAUAUCCUGGAAUAUCCACUGUUAAACUAUUCCACCAGCCACGAUGUGGAGGAACCACAUUGGCCAUGCAGGUGUUGUGGGACUUGAGGAAAAGGUUCAGGUGUGCUGUUUUAACAGGUUCAACCUCAGACAUCACAAAUGUUGCAAAGGAGGUGGUCCACCUCUUCACAGCAGGGAGUCGAGGCCACCAGAACACUGUGCUGCUGUUACUGAAUGAUGAGGAGAUUCUGGAAAAUCUGCAAGACAGCAUUAUGAUGACGAUGGCUGAACAGGAAAUAGAUACCCCUAUGCCUGUGGUGAUUUUACUCAGCUGUGUUAGAAAAGAAGCAGUUCUACAGAGUGACCAUGUUGUCCUAGAAAGAGCACUCUCUGAAACAGAGAAGCAAAAAUUUAAUGAGAAAAAGGAAGAGCUCAGUAGUAGGUACAGUGAUAAAUACCAGGAAUUCCAUGGCUUUAACAUAAUACAAACUAAUUUCUCUCAAGCCUACGUCAGACAAGCAUGCAUGGUAUUCUCCGAAGUUCGAAGAGCAAACAGACCAUUGAAGAAUCAGCUUGCUGCCUUCUUAUCCCUGCUGAGUGCCUAUGUACCAGAUUCAUAUCUCCUGGAGUCUCAGUGCCUGGACUUCUUCAAACAUGAUGACUCCAUCCAUGGACACCUUUCUCUGGAGGACAGAAUGCAGCCCUUCAGUCAUCUAAUCAUCACCUACCAACAAGAUAAAACAUCUGAGAGAAGAGUCCGCAUGGCUCACCCUAUGAUAGCACAGUGUUGUACUGAACUGAUGGCUGAGGCAGGUGUGACCAGAAGUGACACAGCAAGAAACCUCUUGACCCGUUUUUGCAGGGCUGAGUUUCCUCCAUAUUUGCUUGGUUUUGUCAAAUACAUGUUGACCAAAAGAGAAAUGAAAACAGAGGAGAAUCCAAUCGAUAACACAGAGAUUAAAGAGGACAGAGAAAGGUUUUCUAGACUGAUUCUAGAUAUUCAAGACACAGAGGACAGUGUUGAGAGUGCAUCAGUUUUAAAGUUGGCAUCAAAUAAAUUUGAGCAAAAUCCAUUUUUUCCUCAAGCACUUGCUCGUGUUUAUUACCUAGAACUGAAAGACUACAGUAAGGCUGAAAUAUGGGCAAAAAAAGCAAAAGAAAGAGAUUCCCACAAUUCACAUAUUGCUGAUACACUGGGCCAAGUCCAUAAGAACCAUCUGAAGAGCAAAAAAGAGUCUUCUGACAAUCAAACAGAAAUUUUGCAACUUGCGAAAAAGGCUAUUGAAGCUUUUAAAGAUGAAGAACGGCUUGCUGAAAAUGACAUCGAAGGUGGGACAAAAGUCAGGACCAAAGUCUCACGUGUUUUUAACACCAGAGGGCAGCUUGGUUACCUGCAGGUUUGCAGUAUUCUGUAUGACCUUCUUGUCAGUCAGAAUAAAACCUGGAGAAGAGUUCUCACAAAGGAUGUGUCCAUGGACUCUGUCCUGGAAUCACUCGGAGACAACAAACUCCUCCGAUUUCAUGAUCUUAUAAAGAGCCUCAGAGAUGAGGUUGAAAGAAAAUGUGCAUUUCUUGACAAAUAUCUGGCGUACUCAAAGCCUUACAUGAAGAAAGAUGAUGACCAAUACAUCUCUGGGGUCACCUCAGAUUGCUACCGGAAGUAUGUUGGAGACACGACACCCUCACACAUGAAAGAAAAAUGUGCUGAUUUCAUCCAUAAACUCAAACAAAAUCUCGCUGACAGCUCUGCUAGAGUCGUCUCAUGUCUUGACAGAGAAUGCACUAAGUCAGUGCUUAAAGAAAUAACUACAUGGUGGGAAGAAAUCUAUACAAGUAAAGAUUCUUUAACAGCUCUGGUGAACUACAUUCUUGCUCACAUUAUGCUGUCAAAUGUAGGAGUAAAUUUCCCCCCCAAACACAAAUAUUUAACUACAUUCAGAAAACAAAUGCCCCUGAGCCCAACAGAAGAACCUGUGUUCCACAUGUUAGGCCUUCUCUUAAACUGGCCUGCAGACAGUGAAGACAAAAGUGUCCUUGACCUCAGUCAGUUAGUCCGGUAUAUGCACUUCUCUUACGAACAUGCAUAUAAGACGUACUUUCGAUCAAGGUACCUUCACCCACUGUUUUUCAUUGGAAAAGGUCGAGGUCUGAGCAGAAUUGUUCACAGAGAAGUCCUGGAGAGAUUAUUUCUUGGGCAAAACAAGGGAGCAAAACGAGAUUUGAGCAACUGGAACCAUGAGAAGAUUUUCCUAAAUCCCAUGGUUCAAGAGCACCUUCUCAGAGUUGAAGGGGUGGUACGAAACUACAGCGUAUUUGCAGCUAUUGGAGACAAUGAGAUUGAGGUGGAUGCGAACCUGAGAAACAGCCUCUGGAGGCCACGCCAAGUUUCCUUUUAUCUUGGAUUUACCAUCAGAGGUCCUGUGGCCUUUGGCAUCCGGACCAAAACUGCAGAAAAGGGGCCCUCUGGAAGGUUGAAGCUUGGACCUUGGGGCAGAGAAACAGACUCCAGUGAUUGGACUACUGUGAAACCAGAGGUCAACGGGCUGCAUGAGGUUCAUACCUAUAGCAUCCAGUCUGAAGCGGGUCAGUAUGAAUGCAGUGUGUCUGCCCUGCGCUGGGUUUGUAAUAAAAAGGUCAGCUUCCAUUACCAGUUUCGCUCAUGGGAGGAACACAUGGCGGAACCUGCAUGCAUUGAUUACAUGCCAGCAGGACCCCUACUGGACAUCACAGUCACAGAUGGGAAACUGGAGGAGGUGCAUCUACCACACUGGAUAGACCACAGCUCCAAAAUUUCAGACUUGUUUUCAAUCCUACACGUGGACACCUGUGGCAAUUUUGUGGAACAAGUGUCGGAGGUGACAUCCUCCCACAUCAAGUUACUCCAGCCAACUUUCUCUCCACGGGGGGUUAUGAUCCGGAAAAAACUGGGCAUCUCCGUGAAGGUUUUCUAUGAUGUCUUAAUAUACAAGACAAAAAAGGAAUUCCUCACAUUGCAUGUUUACCUGGUCCCACCUGAUCGUGAUGUGAAACAGAAAGUGGAGAGAAAUGAGACGUCCUAUGGAUCAAUAAUGAUCCCAAAACCAAACCCAGACAAAUCUCUUGAGAUGCUGGAUCAUUUCUUCCUCACAACAGACAUGGACACUGCUGAAAUUCAGCCUGAUAAAUUAAAGCUAAGAUAUGAGAGGAGAAAUUUCUUUGAGGUCUUCAUCAGAAAUGCAGACAGUGACUUCAGUCUAAAGCUUCAGAGUAAGCAAAAUAAAAAUAAUGAACAUGACACUGUCUGGACCUGCACUAUUCGACAAGGAGACUACCAAAAUCAAAGCACUGAUCACAAGGACGGGCAGCAUUUCAUUGAUCGCCAUCGCACAGCUCUGAUUCAGAGAGUGAACGAUACAGGGCCCAUCCUGGACGAGCUCAUGGAUUGGGGACUAAUCUCAAGUGAGAACUACGAAUCUGUGAGAGCCUUAAAAACCACACAGGACCAGAUGCGUGCCAUUCUGAAACCUGUGAGCGCUGCCAGCACAAGAGGCAAAGAUGCCUUCUAUGAAAUCCUGAAAGGGAUGAAGCAUCUGAGGCCUCUCAUCUCUGAGCUUGAGGGAUCUGGAUAAACCUAAUAGGAAAAAAAGACAUGGAGCUUUGCAUUCUAAGUCGAUAUUUGUUGCUUAGAUGACAGAAAACAGUGUCAAAUUUACUGACCACACAUUGACUUUACUGACAAUUCAUUGACUUAUAAAGAACGUGGACUCUUGUGGCCCAAACCACCUCUGAAUGUGACUUGAGUGAUCACAUUUCAAAUGGUUCCUCAAUGCUUCUUUGGUGCAUGUACACAUGUACCCAGAGCUGUCUACCUGUGAUCGAAUCACCUGACACGCAUGCUAGAGCCAAGUCUGAACAGGGCCUUAUAAGCCUUAUAAGCACUACACUGAGAUGAUUGGACGUAAACACUGUUUUGUGGAUGUAUUCAUCUCUGCUAUAAAAGGAAAUGCUGUAUAUCAGCCAGCUCAAAUGAAAAGUGUCUUUGUGACUUAAAGGAAAUUAAGUACCCAAAACUACACCGCAUGUUUUUUUGUAUUUUAUUUAUGGAUUUAUGAAAUGUAUCAAAAUGCAAAAUGUUUUAAGUGUACUAAAUUCUGAGCAGCAUACAACAUACAUUUUUGUAUCUUUCAUUGUAUUGGUUGGUUGUUGGUUGUAUUGUAUUGUUCUUUAUUCCAUGUAAAUAUUAAAUGUUUUGCAUUAAGCAACAUGAGUAAGGCAGAGCCACGGGAAUUGUAAAUGCAUUUUUUAAAACACAGAUUUUGUUGUUUAAAUGUUGUUUAAAUGAUAUAGCUCAGUUUUAAAGCUUUUAAGAUUAGAUGUAUCUUCUUCGAAAAGUGCUUGACCAAAGACUAAAGAAGUUUUAUUUACGUUUUUUGUUUUAUUUGUACAGUCAAGAAACACCAACAGGUACCCUUCAGCUAAAUGGUUGGACCAGAUCAUGUUGUGACAUGAUUUAUACAAGUGCACUGAGAGAUUUAAUAUGAAAGAGUCUUAUUCUCUGUCAUUAUUUUUUCUACAUUCCUUAUAUAUAUCAUUUUAUCUUCUUUUUUUUUUACCUUUAUUAAUGUCAAGACAAAGUUAGAGUAAGAAGAAUGGGAACAUACACAUACACACAUACAUAUGUCUUAAUUAUUUUCAGCUUGCCCCAGCUGGUAAUAGUUAAAUAUUUGUUUUAUUUUAGCAAUAAUAAAUUACACAAAUUAAAGACAAA